AUGGCGGCUGUCAACCAGAAUAUGUUUGACGCCUGCGUCGCUAUUGAACGGCCCCAAGGCCCAACCUUGCUGGUUCUACCGUUGAACCUAAUUGCGCGGAUUAUCGCUCGUUUGGACGAUCCGGGCGACCUCGCUCGUCUGUGCCGGACAUGUCGAGUCCUCAACUACAUGGCCCUCCCCCAGCUCUAUCAAAACCUCAUCCUAACCUCCUACGAUAAGAUCCGAUACCGCGGCGACCAGCCGGAGGGCAUGGGGAGCGCAAGUCCGUUCACAAUGGGACUGAAUGCCGUCAUCACGCGACCGUACGCAUCGCUUGUCCGGUCACUGACGCUGCGCGGUGACUGGCGGGAACAGGAGCUGGAAGAACAUGCGCGCGUCGGACGGGUGCCGGAUUCGUCAAUGAUGCUGAAUAUCACUAUCCGGGCAGCCGUGGAUCGGAUGCAGGAACUGGAGGACUUCCGCUGGGAGCUCAGCACCAAGAUGCUCGAGACCGUGUACCUAGGGCUGGCGCAGUUGCCGAAGCUGACCUCAUUGACACUCCGGUUCCCCAGCAGUCGGCAUCCGCGCCCAACGACGGUCAUCCCGGCCAUGCCGCACCUGCGGUACCUGAAGAUCACGGACAUUGACCCGCUCUGCUACCCGGAUGAUAUAUCGACGCUGCUUUACAAGGCGCGGAAGUUGAAGGAGCUGAAGAUGCACUGGUCGCCGCGGAUGAGGAACAUGCAGGAGCCGAGCGUGAUGCUCCACGACUAUUUCCGGAAAUGCAUCUCAGCGAAGCAGCCCAUGGCAGUCAAAUCAUUUGCUUUGGCGAACCUGUACGCGCGGCAUAGCGAGGAUUUCAAUCUCGCAUUCGAUAGCAACACGGUGGAGGAGGUGACGAUGCUCCACGAGGUCCGGUCGGAGCUCACCACUUUAAAUACAUUUGUCGAUAGUACAUGGCCUGCCACGCCUCCCAACAACAAGCCGAUGCGGUUGAAAAGCCUCAGGGCGAAUCUCUAUAACCAACGGCAAACCGAAUUCCUUGCAAGCUUUACGGGGCUUGAAAGGUUAUACCUGGUCGGCUCGAGUACCCUUUCCGAUAGCUUUAAUUCGCCGCGCGAGCUACCGGCUCCCUGCGCAUCUUCUGCGACUCUCACACCACCGUCUUCUGAAACUACGAACAUGAAUGGCCCUUUUUCUUCCUCAAAAGACCUCAUAACAGCCCCCGACUCUCCGUCGAACUUACCUAGCCUGCAGGCCAGGUUACGAGAUUCUUCCAUCAACAGCAUCGUCCUCAACCAUGCCGCAACACUACGGCACCUCCUCCUCCCAGCCCGGUGGGCGCUCUCCUCGGGUAACAUAGCGCGUCUCGUCCACGCAAGCCCACAGCUUGAGCAGCUCGCAUUCGCGGCGGAAAUGUCAAGCAUGGACACGCUGGGCCUGCUCCUUCCCUUCCUCCGCAACCUUCAGGCACUCCGUCUUCUUGUGCCAACAGGGUCUUUGUCCGCGGGGUCAGACGAGACCCGCAAUUCGCAAGCAAAGCCGUUUUCGAAAUCGUGCAAAAACAUAGAUGGUCUAGACAUUGGCGCGCGGUCGUUCGCGGAAUUCGUAGAAUUAGACGAUGAGAUCCUUACGGAACGGCUAGGCGAAGCACUCGCUGACCAGCAGCUCUUCCAACGACUUAAGGUCAUUGGGUUCGGUCGCAAGGGAUUCCUUCUGGGCGAAUAUUUUACCGUCCCUGUGGACCGACCACAACCACCACCGCAACCUCAGCCGCAGUCGCAGUCGCAGUCACAACCACCACGAGGCGCCGGCGUCCAAUCCCAAACACCAGCCGCAUCCCGCGCCCCAAGCGCCGAAGACACGAGCCCACUCUCGUUCGUCGACUUCGAUCAGACGAAUCAGACGACGCAGACGAACGGCCACGGUGCCGGCGCGAAUCUCCCAAGCCCAGGCCUCAACCAACCUCCCACGUCAACGUCCUCGCCGAAAAUCCCUCCGCCCCAGCAGAAAAAGAACACAUUCCCGCCAUCGACGCUCGGAAAGCGAAUGCGCGAUGAAGAGUCCUCCGUUGUAUCCGUCGACCAACCACCGGGACUAGGCUCCGGUUCCGCACCCGGUCCGUCGUCCUGGAACGGUCUGGAUCUGAAUGAGUGUCUCUUGCCGGGUCCGAGGAAUCGCACUCUCAGAAGGCGGAUACAGCGUGUUGGCUGGGACGUGCUGAAGCAGUGGGAGAUUUGGGGGCUGGAUACGCAGGAGCUUUGA